AGCAGUUCGUUGUUGCGCUGCACUGUGGAAAUUAUUGUAGUCCACUUUCAAGUAAAGUUUGUAGUUUACGAAAGGCCCAAAAUGGCUCGGUCUAAAGUGGCCGCGCGAAAGGCCAUGGCCAUGAGAGGAAGACGAGGAGCAUCAGGACGACCGGAGAUAGUGAAGCCUGCGAAACGUGUACGGCCUGGAAAGAAAGAUCCAGAUGCACCAGUCAAGCCACAGAGAACCAUUGAAAAUGCUAGAGUGUUUGACUCCACUCUUGUGGCCGGUCAGGAUCCAGAGGUUGUAGAAGAUGAGCGUACUGAUGAGCUGCAGUGGUGUUUUGACCGCAGCAAGGCACCUUACGUCCUCAUCACGACUGACCACAAGCCCCACACGGCGUCCCUGCAAGUCGCCGAGGAGCUGUGCGUUAGCAUUCCCAAUGCAGAGUUCUUCCCACGCAAGAGUGACGACAUCAAGAAGAUGGUACCGAAGGCUAUCGAGCGUGGCUACACGUGCAUUUUGAUCAUCAAUGAAGAUCACAAGAUGCCCAACUCACUGACUGUGUGUCACCUUCCCGUUGGACCCACUGCCGUGUUCAAGCUGACCAGCUUCAAAAUGUCCAAAGCUAUCCGGGGUCAUGGUCGCCGUAGUCACCACCGGCCUGAGGUGAUCCUGAAUCGUUUCAGCACCAGACUCGGUCACCAAGCCGGUCGCAUCCUGGGUGCCGUCUUCUCGCUGGACCCGGAGUUCAAGGGACGCAGCGUCGUCACAUGGCACAACCAGCGCGACUUCAUCUUCUUCAGGCACCACAGAUAUAUCUUCAAGAACAAGCAGAAAGUCGGCCUGCAAGAGUUGGGGCCGCGAUUUACACUAAAAUUGCGCUCAAUACAAAGAGGCACAUUUGAUAGCAAGUUUGGUGAUUACGAAUGGAUGCUCAAGCGGCAUCAAAUGGAAACAAGUCGCACCAAGUUCUUCCUUUGAAUCCUCCAUCCUGUACGUCACCAUUGUAUAUACUUGUACAUACUUGCCUUGAGAAGUGUCACAUUGCAUGCCUGCGCUUGCUGGUGCCACUGAUUGCACAUAGUCAUCGGCAAUACGUUUAGUUAGCCGCACUUUCUACCCUGCACCGUGUAUAUAGUUCUUCUUCGGCUCAGCCCACGCAUCGUGCAGCUCUGUCCGCUUUUGUACAGUGGAUGCCGCCCCUGGCCUUCUGGUCAUAGGGACUCUUGCCAAGCUGGUUGCACCUUCUUUCUUUCUUCUGCGGAUGUGUAUAGUUUAAUUCAGAGGUCUAAUUUCUAUACAGAUUACUAGUGCAUGUACAUCUACAUGCUUUGCCAUCAUUAUUUCAGUAAUGUUAAUGAUUUGCCUCCCUUGUGUUAAUGUUUUUUUCUUUAAAAUAAGUCGAGUAUGUUUCUCAUGCUCAGUGACACUCUCAAGUCACUCUUGAUCUUGCCCUCUUUCGCUGGGCAGACUAUGCAGUGCGAGCUGCGAUUCUAGUGAGUUGUCCUGUUUCGCAAUUAGCUCUUGGCUCUUUUGCGAACAAUACAAGCCACAUCUAGACUCAGAGCAGAACGUUUACAUUAC